UUGACACUACCCAUCUCCUAUUCUCAGCCUAUCUCGUCUUCUCCAUGCAACUAGGUUUUGCCAUGCUUUGUGCAGGCUCUGUUCGUGCCAAAAACACCAUGAAUAUUAUGCUCACCAAUGUCCUUGACGCGCCUAUUGGUGGCCUUUUUUAUUACCUCUUCGGUUUUGCCUUUGCCUUCGGUACCGGUGGCUCAGAGAAUGGCUUUAUUGGCAAACAACACUUCGGCCUCAAGACCAUCCCAUCUGAAGAUUUGGACUACAGCAACUUUCUUUACCAGUGGGCGUUUGCUAUAGCUGCUGCUGGGAUUACUAGUGGCUCUAUCGCCGAAAGAACACAAUUUGUCGCUUACUUAAUAUACUCUUCCUUUUUAACUGGCUUUGUUUGCCCAGUUGUGUCUCACUGGUUCUGGUCUACUGAUGGAUGGGCUUCUGCUUUCAGAACUGACAAUCUCUUGUUUGGUAAUGGAGUAAUCGAUUUCACUGGAUCUGGGGUGGUGCAGAUGGUGGGUGGUAUUGCUGGGUUAUGGGGCGCUCUCAUUGAAGGUCCAAGAUUAGGUCGCUUUGACCAUUCUGGCAGGGCCAUUGCUCUGCGUGGACACAGCGCUUCUCCGGUGAUUCUCGGUACUUUCCUGCUCCGAUUUGGAUGGUACGGAUUCAAUCCCGGGUCAUUCAACAAAAUCUUGAACGAUGGGAGUUACAAUAGUCAAUGGAGUGCAGUUGGACGAACCGCCAUUACCAUCACCUUAACCGGUUACAUUGCAACUUUAAUCACUCUAUUUGGUAGAAAGCUCUUGGUUGCUCAUGGCAUGUAGAUUUUGGUGAUUACUGUUGGGACGCAACAACAAUGUGGAUACUGUGAAGAACAGAGGAUUGACGAUCGGCGGGAGGAGGACGCACGCGACUGUACCAAAUGAAGAGAUUGAGAACUCGGCGAGAAAUGAGAUGAGACGGGACCGGGACGAAUGACAGGUGGGUGAGCUUGAAGAGAGUGAAAGAGGAGAAACAAAAGGAGAAGAAAAGGGGAGAGGCUAGAGUUUUUAGUAAAUAAAUUUGACUUU